AUGUCAAAUAACGAAUAUUAUUCAUCAGGUGAACAAGGUUCAUACAAUCAAGGAAACCAAAGAAAUGAUAACAACAAUCAAAAUACUAAUGAGCAAGGUGAUAGAAGUCUUUUAGGAUCAUUAGCAGGAGCUGCACUUGGAGGAAAUAACAAUUCUAAUCAAAGUGGUGGUGGUUCAGUUUUAGGAUCAUUAGCAAGUGCUGCAUUUGGAGGAAAUCAUAAUAAUUCAAAUCAAAAUAGUGGCGGUAAACAAUCAUCAACUUUAGGAUCAAUUGUUGGAGCAGUUGGAGAAUAUUGGAAAGAUCAUGAAGGUAAAAAUCAUAAUAAUCAACAAGGUGGUGGUUAUGGUCAACAAGGUGGUAAUCAAGGAGGUUAUGGACAACAAGGUAAUUAUGGAUCACAAGGUGGAAAUUAUGGUGGUAAUCAAGGAGGAUUUAAUGAUUAUGAUAAUAGAAGAAAUGAUAACUAUGGUGGAAGAAAUGACAAUUAUGGGGGUGGUAGAAAUGAUAAUUAUGGUGGUAGAAACGAUAACUAUGGUGGAAGAAAUGAUAACUAUGGAGAUAAUUCUAACUCAGGUUCAGGUUCAGGAUUUUUUGGAUCAAGUAGUCAUAAACAUCAUGAAAAUAAACAUAAUACCAAUUGGGGAACAGAUGUUGGUCAAAGAAUGGAAAAUGAUACUACUCAAGGAAGAUAUGGUGAUAAUAGUGGUAGACACAAUAGUAAUUGGAAUACUGAUGUUGGACAAAGAAUGGAAAAUAAUACACAAAAUAGAUAUGAUAACAAUGGACCAAGUGGUAAUUUUGGUUAUGGAAAUCAAGGAAAUAGUUCUUAUGGAGAUCGUAUGGAAGGUGGUAGAGGAGGUAAUCGUUGGUAA